AUGUCGUCUCUUGAAGAUGAAGAGACUUUUAUGCCCUCACACGAUGCUGGUGACGAUAUCCUUGGCCUUGACACUAACAUCAGCAUCACCAAAAGGAAACCAGUUGCCCGUUUAGAUGCUACUAGAAUCCUAGAUGAAGAGAAGGGUGUUUCCUAUAUCACGCGUAACCAUAGAAGAAUCUAUAAAGCCAUGCGGUCCAAUGAUAAGCGGCUACACCAGAAACUCAAGAGCCAGAGGUUUUUGGAUGCUAAGGAAGUUAGAAACUUAAAGGUAGAGAAUGAAUUGACUAAUUUGAGCUCUGUAUUGGGAUUCUAUCAGACUUGGUGUCAUCAAUUGUUUCCUAAAGCUACGUUUAAAGAUUGUAUCUCGUUGUUAAGAGCCAGAGGUGCUACGUCUUCGGAGAUAACGUUUUAUAGAAGGGAGUUAAUCAAUGCAGAGAUACAGAAAACCCAAAGAGCGUCAGGUCCAUAUGUUGAUGAAGAAGAAGAAGAAGAAGAUCAAGUUGAGCCCGAUCCUCAAGCCCAAGCUCAAGCCCAAGUGGAAGCUCAUUCUGCUGUUCCAGAAGACAAUGGUGAAUCUCAUGUUAUUAUUGAUGAUAAUGAGAGCAGUGCUAGGACUCGCAGGUCCAAUCAACCACAGGAAGUUAACAUUCAAGACGAUGAUUGGAUGAUGGAGGCUGCUGGAAUUACACCAACGGUUACUGUAGGCACUAAUACUAAAGAAAUAUCAACUGAAAGUAAAACUGCGAGUGAUAUUGAUGAUGAUGAUGAUGAUGAUGAUGAUGAUGAUGAUGAUGAUAAUGAUUUUGGUGAUGAGCUACAAUUAUUUAAAUCCACUGAGGAAUUUCCAGAUGAAGGUGAUUACCUUUAG